UGUCAUGAUUCCAUUCCAUGGUUUGUUGGUAUUUUAGUGUUACGGUGCUGCUUCUCUGGCACUUUGACCGUGGAUGCCGUCAGUGCUAAUGGUGUGUAUCUUUUCCAGGAAACUUCCCUCACUGCCAAACUAAAUAACCCAUUCUACCUAAAUCGCUUCUAUCGUGAGUCACCGUUUUUUGAUGCACUUUUUGAAGAUUAAAGAUGUAACACGCAAGAACUUUUUUUCUGGGUGAUGAGCUGCUCUUCGACCUCUUUCACUAUUGAUGUCGUUGGUGCCUAUCAUGGGUCUUUUGUCCUAGAAAGUUUGCUUAUUGCUAGACUUUCAAAACCUUUCAUUCAUGAUCGCCACUGGUUUAUGGGUUCUAUCGCGAGUGAUCUUUGUCUCUUGCAAUUUCUGAAGCUGAAAGAAAUGGAUGCAAGAAUGGUAGAUGUUGGGGCAUCCUUAAAUUCAGCAGAAGUUUUUGGAAUACCAAAAAUUUCUGACUUAAGGAAUGGUCAAUCCUUUAAAGAAGAAUGUUGUGAGAGAUAUUGGUCAACCUAUAAAAAGGACUUAAAGAAGGCCUUUUGGAUGUGGCGAGAUUUUUGUGUAAUUUCUUCUGAUGUUGCCUUUUGAUAUAUUGAUGAAGGAGAUCCAAUUUUUUGUUGUGGUGAAUGUAGUGUUUUGAUGUGGUAUGAUGAAAGGGUUAAACAUGGUUUGUCUACUAAAUCAUUGCAAUUUGCCCUUUGUUGUUUUCAAGGAAAAAUAAAGUUGCCACUUUGCUUGGAGCCAAUAAAGCAUUUGUUUUUUUGACCAUGAUUCAAGUGAUUCUACGAAUUUUAUAAAGAAUAUAAGAUGUUAUAAUAAUAUGUUUCUUUUACUUUGAUGGGAGGCAAAAUAAAGAGUAAUGAUGGACUUAGUCCAUAUUCCUUUACAUUGGAUGGACAAAAUUAUCAACGUAUUGGAAGUCUUCUAUUCGAGAGUGGGACUACUCCUAUGUAUUCUCAACUUUAUGUAGUUGACACUGAGAAUGAGAUUGAUGAUCUCAUAUAUGUAGUGAGCUACAAGUAUCUUUUAAGUGGAUAUAUUUAUAAUCAUUUGAAGUUGUUAUAUUAUUUUUCUUUUGUAAUUAUGUUCUUUAUUUUAAU